ACCUGACAUUCCAGCUUUUGGCCCCGUGGGAGGAGCUGCGACAUUUCAGCGACUGGUUCAGAGUUUGCAAUUGUUUGGUCUUCCUCACUGCACUGUAAAUGCACUGCUCUGAAUAAUAGCUGCCAGUGUGCGCAUCAACAUGGCCAGCUGGGCCAAUCACGUGCUUGCUCAACUUCAGCAGAGGGACCUCAAGGAAAAACUUCCAUUUGUUGGCGUUUUCUCAAGCUUGUCUCGUCUGGAGGAACAUUUUGAAUUGCGCACGCAGAUUUUGGAUGAUGUUUACAGUAAAAGAAGUGGAGUUGAGGUGGAAAACAAUAACAGCCUUGUUCUCCAGCUGAGGGAAAGUGAACACCUGACAAACAAGUUGUCUCAAACAGUCUCAGAUCUGACCUCCAUCUUGUAUCUGAAAGAUGCUGAACUUCAGCACUGGCAGUCUCGUGUGACUCAAUACCGCAGAGAAGCACUCACCCUGACUAAAGAGAGCCACAAGUUGAGGGCAACUCUCUCUGAAUUGGAGUUUACUGUAGAGAGUCAGUCUAAAGACAUAAAAGUCCUACGGGCGGAGCAGAAAAGACUGAGGGAAGCGCUGGCCCAGGCUCAGGAAGACAGAGAGCGACUGAUGGAGCGAUGGAUUCAGGGGAGGAGGGAGGAAGCAGACAGACUGAAUAAAUACAAUGAUACACAUGAGAGGUGGCAAAAAGUGGCCAAACACCUGAGGAAGCAACUCCAGAAGGAGAGGGGAAAGGAGCGCGUAUUAGUAGCUAGAAGGUCUUUAAAAGUUGAAAGGGAAAUGCCAUCAUCAGUAAUUCAAAUAACUGUUGAUCCACUGGAUAUACACAAAGGAUCUAUGGAUUCCAGCUUCACCUCAGCUGCAGGAAAAGUCUAACCUCUCUCCUGGAAUUUGGAGAAAACCCACCGUUUCUUCCAUUUUUUUGCAUUUGUAGUUGAAAUAAAAAAAUAGAAUUGUAAAUAACAAUUUAAAUUUUAGAUAAACGUUUUUGUUGUUUUGAAGUUGUCACUAAAAUGAUAAAUUUCUCCUAUUUUAUUUUCAUGUAAAAGUUCUAUAAAAGCCAUAAAAUAACAAAUAUGACAUUUUGAUCUAGUUUUAGGUCAAAUAAAUGCAAUACAAAUCUGUCUCUAUAUGGGGGAAAAAAAAUGUGAUUACAACCAGAAGUUUAAAUAUAGUCUGGUUCUGACUAAAGAUAAGUAUCCAUAGAAAUGUAAAACUUUAUAUUUACAUAAUUUAAUAGAUGUUGACAGAAUGAUGGUAAAAGAGUAAGUCUUUGCUUAUUUUAGAAAUAAAGCUGUUUUUGAGACAAAACAUCAUUUUUUGGCAAUGGGAUAUUUAGAAAUCAAUGUAAUGCUUAUUUUAAAAAGGUGAAAAAUGUGUAUAUUUAGUCAGAACAGCACUAUAUAUAAAAUUUUGGUUGUAAUGAAGUUUUUUUUUUCUUUCAUCUAGAGACAGGCUUGUAUUGCAUUCAUUUUCUUUGUCUUAAAUGCAUUAAGUAUAUACAUUUUUUUCAAGUAAACUUAUUUUUUUAUUUAUUUCAAUAUCACUGACAAUAGAUGAGCAAUAAUGAAAACAUUAUUUUCUGGCACAAUUGUCAAAGCAAAAGCAGUUCUAUACAACAGCAGGUUCAGGAGUUCUUCACUUGCAGUUAUAACAUUUAUCAUUUUUUAUGUUUUAAUAAAAAAAUAUAGUCCAGG